AUGUCAAUAUUUCGGAAUUUUUUAUCAUGUAUUUCCAUUGAAAAUAUUUCCUGGCCUUUUGUGAAUAAUAAUAAUAAUACUAAUCCUCUACGAACAGAUACUAGUUACCAUAGUAACAAUAAUAAUAACAAUAAUUAUAAUACAUUUCCUAAAAAUUCAUGUAUUAUAUGCCAUGAAUCAGUAGAUACAUGUUUACGUAAUCAAUCAAGUAAAUGUCACAGACAUUCAUUUCGUCUAUUGGAUACAACACGGAGAAAAAGUUUAAAAAAGACAAGUAAACAAUCUACAGAAAGUCAAUAUAACAUUCAAACAACACAACCAAAGACUACAAUGACAACAGUUUGUGCUACAGGUACAACAGAUACAAUAAAUAUUCUUUUGAAUGACAGUGAAAUCUGUAGUAUGACCAGCUCAUCAUAUCGACAUAGUAUAACUCAUCCAUAUAUCACCACCACUACCACCACAACUACUACUGCCACAAUGAUAACAACCACUACGACUGAUACAAUUCCACCGAGUAUAAAUGAUCCUAUGGCGGAUACAAGCGUGAACGAUAACUCUGUUAGACUACAUUGUUCUAAACUAUUCUGUCGUUGGAUUGACUAUUGUCCAUUUUUAUGGAGUCAAAAAACAGCAGCAGCAACAACAACAACACCGUCUGCAUCAUCGAUAGUAGUUCGGCAGAAAUCCUCCUCUGGUAAUAAUAAUAAUAACAAUGAUUGGAUAACGAUAACGACGACCUCAGCGCCAAUACCAGCGACAACACCGGCGGCGAUGAGUAUUACAGUUACCCAAUCUUUAGAUACUGUACAUUAUCAGUCAAUGUUACAAAGGGGACAACAACAACAUCAGGGGAUUGAACAACAAAUAGUUAAUAAUAAUAAUAACAAUAGUAGUCAUGAUAAUGGUGAUCCAAUAGAUGAAAGAAUUGAAGAAUGUUAUAUUCCUGAGCCUGUAUUUAACUUAUUUUUAUAUUUAGCACAAAAAGGUGUUUAUGCUAAAGAUUUAUUUCGACGACCUGGGAAUAUCGCUCAAAUAAAACAUAUACUUCAACGUUUUGCAUCGAAUCAUACAAUUGACUGGAAAGAUUACAAUAUACACACAGUAGCAACCGUAGCUAAACGUGUUCUAGUCAAUAUACCCAAUGGAUUAAUCGGUUUAAAAGGUGAAAAGCAGCUACUUCAAACUGCUCUGCUAACCCAACAAUUACAACAACAAAGUGAUUCAAUUCAAGUGAAAACGAUAAAAAAGACCAGCCCUUCGUAUUUUUCUUAUCCAUCUACUAUCCGAAUCACUGCGAAAUGUGAUGCUCCUCUUGAUCCGUCGCAUCCUCCUAUUCAUCAUGAAACUGAUGAAUUUAUAAAUAUUUCCAGCAUUCUACCCAUCGUGGAAUCACAAACAAAUGGUAAUAAUAAUGAUUCAGGUGAUAAUCAAACCACGAUGACAACACCAACAGCAGAAUCCACAAAACACUCGUGUGACCAAAUUGUCCGCCGUGCUUUUGUCAUUAGCAAUAUCCAGUCGAAUAAAGAUGAAGUGAAUAUUAGUUUAUUAUUUUCAUACGGGGCUAUACAACAAAUUUAUCAAUUGACAUCUAUCGAUUUAAAACGUGUACAAGUUUUUCAAAGCAUUUUAAAAGAUUUGACUUCAGCGCAUCGACAACUGACAAUUAUCAUAUUUGGUAUUCUACAUCAACUGGUCUUUAAUGCUGCAUUCAAUACAGCUAGUCAUUAUCAUGGUCCUUCACAACAACAGCAGCAGCAACAACAACUACAUCAGCAACAGGAAACAGAGAAAGAUACUGAAGAGCUACCAAAAAUCCCACUGCUCAAGUUAGCUGAAGGUGUUGUGAAAUCAGUAGCUGGUUCAAUGUUUCAUACGUGUACAUCGUCAAUUUUGCUAAUUGAUCAAACAACACAGGUCCUUCAAUCCUUGGUACUUUGUUUUCCUGUUAUUGAUAAAGAAUUUACACAAUUCUACUGGGAUGUUUUAAACAAUCGUUAUAAGCUGAGAAAAUCAAAACAAGCUAGUCGUGGUGUUUCAAAAUUGAAUAUUUCGAAACCAGUUUAUUCCAAGUCGGCUUGUUCAGCUCGUCUAAUCAACGCUGCUGGUCGUUUAUUCUGCUUUGCAAGUGAUCAUCACGGUAAUAAUAAUAACAACAAUAAUAAUUUUUCUUCUGGUUUCUCAUCGUCUUCACCAGCAUCACUAACAUCAUCUGUAAAACAUUUCUGUUUCCCGUUGAAAGAUUCCAGUCGACUACAAAAAUCUAAACAAUCACAACAGCAUCAAAUGCAUAGAGAAGCCUCUAUGGAGUCAACAUAUUAUCAGCAUGUUGAUAAAACAACAGUUGACCAAGAUAAACCUAUGGAGUCAUUAAUGGUUCAACCUGUCUAUUCAGUUACAUCAUCUGGACACACAUCAGGUGUAGCAACAGCGGAUACUAAAGAUGUCAAAUAUUCUUCCUAUGCUAAAGCCGAUGUUCAUGAAACAGGCAAAUUAUUAAAUAAUAAUAACAAUAACAAUAAUAAUAAUAACAAUAAUGGUGAAAUGAAUACAAGCUCUUAUUCUGUCGUCGGUGUAGUAAAUCUACGACGUAAUCAAAGUCGUUAUAGAUCAUUGCGUAGACGACAAAUGGAAAAUUUAAAUCGACGUGCGGAAUGGUUCCUUCGACCAACAACAAUCCCUUCAUUGACUUUUACACCCGACCGAUUAAAACAUUUAGAUGAAGAAAUUACAAUCUACACUAAUAAUCAUCAUCAUCAUCAUCAUUCACAAACAGCAAUGUCAACCAUGUCAUUAUUAGAAAUGCAUCAUAAUAUGAAAGAACAUUUGAGAACAAAUUUAUUUGUUAAUUCUGAUUUAGUACAAGUUGUCAGUCCAAGAAUACUAUUCACCUCAUCAACAAGUGAUUUAAUUCAAACAGAUUUCAGUGUACAACCAACUGGACCAUGUGAAAAGUUGUCAGUGAGUGAAGAUUGUCGAACAAAACUAUGCCCAUCUUUAUCUCCUGUUUACGGGCAUAGUUUCAGUAGUCUACUGAGUGUUCCUUCACCAUCAGGACAAUAUUAUGUUGUUACACAGGCGGGGAACACUUUAUUUCCACAUUCCAUAAAUAAUCAUAAUGCCUGUCAAUCAAAUAAUUAUGAAGAUAUGCAGACAAGGACAGGGACAACGACGUAUUCAUCAUUUCUUAUGCCAACUGUAUCACCGACAACUACCGCAUCAAUUGAUCCGCUUAUCUAUCAUCGUAUACCACAAUAUGAUUGUAGUGAUCAGGUCAGUCGAUCAGAUCUUCUACAGUCGACAAGUUAUGAAAGUUUCCCCAAUCUAACCUACCCUUCAUUACUGCAUUCAAAUUUAUCAGACAAGACAAUCAAAGAGAGUAAGAAUGGUAAUGUUCAUAUUCCUCCUAGCUUAUCGACCCCAACUACCAAGGGCGAUGAUGAUAAUAAUAAUACUAAGAAUAACACUAGAAAGACGUCAUGUCAUGCAAUCACUACAAAAUCAUCAGAUACACGUAGUUCCGACUGGUCUAUUGACCAACCAAUCUUCCUUCCAGGUGAAAAUUUACAUCGUCGACGAAGUAGUGCCUUGACUACAUUACAGUUACCGAAAAAAACAGAACAGCAAGAACAACAACGACAACAGAAAUAG